UUCAUAGUUGCAAUGUUGGAUCACAAUAGACUGGAAGAAUUUAUCGAACAAAUUCGUCUUACUCCAGCAAUAUGGAAAAAUCGAGAAUUUGAUAUAUCUCGUGAGCAUAUGAAUGAAAUUUGGGCUCAUUUCGGGCACACUUUUGAUAUUUCUCCAAAGGAAGCUGAAAUGCAAUGGGAAUAUCUCAUUCGGCUUCAUCGAUUUAUGAAUAGAAAUGCAAGUUUAGAGCAAUUUCGAAUUGAAGUUCCUUCCCUAGAAGAUGAUUUUACACCGGCAGAUACUCUUGUUGCUGAAUCACUUGCUAUUUUCUUGAAACCAACAUUAGAUGAACUUUUAUUGAUAUCGAAACCAUCAGAAACUUCCGUCUGAAACUGCAAUAAAUAUUUUUUGUUUUUUUUAAAUAUUUAAUAUUGCUAAACGAUAUUUUGAAACUUACAAAU